GGCCCAACAAGUCCACAAUCUCAGAAGACUGCCUAGACUCGCAUCCGUCUGCGCAGCCUGCUUGUGAUGUUCGAACCGCCACGCGUGCCUCUUCCUCAUUCUCUCUCGCAGACCACCAACGAAGAUGGCAGCAUCAAAGCUACGGCCUUCUGAUGGCCGCCUUCUACAUGGCCUCCGUCUCUCCUUCGCCCUCGCUCCUCCUUAGGGCUCGUCCACGAAGGCUUCCCCUCCUUCGUCCUGCCGCCGUCGCUCGCCCUACGUCGCUUGGCUGCAGAGAUCCCCGACGAGUGCAUCGCCGCCUCUUCAACGGAAUCGGUGCUUGUCUCCUCGACCAGUUGGCUCAGAUGGCCUCUGGACUCGGCUGGCGCUCUUUCGCGGCAUCGACUCGGCCUCAGCGAGGAGUUUCUCCCGUCGAGCAGAUUCUGAAGACUGUAGAGUGGCCGGAAAAAUUUCCCUUCAAGGACGAGGAUUUCAGCCGCUUCGAUGAAUCUUCGGAUUCUCUAUUUUACUCAGAACCUCGUUUUGUGACGCACAUUGAUGAUAUGGCAAUUCGUGCUCUUACCAAAUACUACUCGGAAGUAUUUCCUCCAAGUAACACACCGGAUGUGUGUUUACUGGAUUUAUGUAGCAGCUGGGUUAGCCAUUAUCCUGCAGGCUACAGACAAGACAAAAUUGUGGGGAUGGGAAUGAACGAGAAAGAACUUGAGCGAAACCCGGUUUUGACAGAAUAUAUUGUGCAAGAUCUAAAUGUUAACCCUAAACUUCCAUUUGAGGACAAUACUUUCGAUGUUAUAACCAAUGUGGUUAGUGUUGAUUAUUUGAACAAGCCAAUUGAUGUUUUCAGAGAAAUGCAGCGGGUACUCAAACCAGGAGGGUUGGCUAUAAUGAGUUUUUCAAAUAGAUGCUUUUGGACAAAAGCCAUCUCUAUUUGGACAUCAACUGGUGAUGCUGACCAUGUUUGGAUUGUAGGUGCCUAUUUUCAUUAUGCCGGAGGCUUUGAACCACCCGUGGCUGUAGACAUAUCUCCCAAUCGUGGGCGUUCAGACCCAAUGUAUGUGGUAUACUCCAGAAAGCUAUCUACCGCUUGAAUCAACACUGCUUUACUAAUCAAGUGUCAAUUUAUUAUAAGACUUCGUUCAUGUAUGUCAAUGCUUGAUGCCUGCACCUUUUUGCCCAAAUUGUAUAUCAUAAACAAAUAUUCGAAAUUGUUAAAAUGAAUCAAACUAGUCUGAUUCAGAUUGAAUCUUUA